GUUUUCACACCAAGUUUCACUUGAAGAAGGGAAGGGAAAGAAGGAGUACGCUUGGGGCUCAUGUCUCGUUGAUGCCAGCUGGUUGGUCGUUUUUUACAGCUGACUAGGCUCAGCGGCGUUGGUCAUGUUUCUAUGGAGCUCGGGUCUUCUCUUCUGAUGGGCUGUUGACAAAAACUGGACUUCAUGGCUCUGAACUCUCUGGGCGCUGACUGAAGUGUGUUGAGUAAGUUGUGCGUGGGCGAGCUGACUUCCUGCUAUGAGGAAAGCCUCUUCCGAUGGAGACACUGUGAGCCGUUUCAGAUGUGAUCUGUGGAAACACACUGUGAUGCCAAAACGCACACACACAAUGUACAUGAUAACAGCUUUUGCCUUGUCAUAGUUGAGGGCGAUGACAGAAGUUUGCAUCAGUAAAACGUGGAGUGAGAGGUUUUGCUGGGACUUUGGUAAAUGACAAAAAACAGAGUGGAAGUUGAAGUAAACUGGAAAAAGCAAGACUGGAGGAAAAAGAGGGAAACGCAUGGUGAGGUGGACAGCUGAAAGCCUUUCAACCACUCCCACCAACGCCAAGUGUAAUCAUGGCGGCAGUAAGCUCCGGCUCCCUUCCUGCUGAGGAUCCAAUGACUCCCCCACCCAUGACCACGCCCCCCCGGAAAACCUCCGUCCGUCUUCAGGAGAGGAGAGGCUCCAACCUGUCUUUGCUUUUGGAUGUAAGCAAUCUGGAGGUGGAAGCUGUGUGUAACGUCUCCACCCCAAAAGAGGUGUGGCUUCAGCUGCUUCACACUUCGUCCAGGCCUCUCACACACGCGGCGCUGCAGGAGGCCGCCGCUGACGCCAAAGCAGUGGACACAGAAUAUCAGAAGAUUCCCACAAACUUUGUGAACCCUGCAGACCUGGACGCUCCAGGACACACAAUGAAAGACAGAUACAAAACCAUUCUUCCCAACCCUGAGAGCCGUGUGAUCUUGAGAAACCCAGAAGAAGACCUAGGACCAGACCGUUACAUCAAUGCCAACUACAUCAAGGGGUAUAAAGGUGCUCCAAAUGCCUAUAUUGCCACCCAGGGACCAAUGGUACACACCGUUGGGGAUUUCUGGGACAUGGUGUGGCAGGAGAGGAGCAGUAUCAUCGUCAUGGUUACUAGACUCAAGGAAAAUGAUGUGAAAUGUGAGCCUUACUGGCCGCUGCCCAGGUAUGAGGGAGAGAAGGUGACAGAGAAGGACAAGAAAGAGGCAGAGCAGCAUCAGAGAAGGAGCCAGAAGGACGAUGAGAGAGAGACCAGACGAUUCAGCAGAUUUGUCAUCAGACUAAAAGACUGUCAGGAGAAACAUGGGUUCACCGUCACCGACAUGGAGGUCCAGCUGGGCUCAGAGUGUCGUCCAGUCAGACAUUAUUGGUUCACCUCUUGGCCCGAUCACCACAUCCCACAAUGCAUCACUUCUCUGUUGAAACUGGUGGAGGAGGUGGAGGUUUAUCGGAAGUCACUUGAAUCCUCCCUCAGCUCUCAACCAACCUCCGACCUCAGAGCCAGUCUGGGACCCGUCGUUGUUCACUGCAGCGCAGGCAUCGGCAGGACCGGCUGUUUCAUAGCCAGCAGUAUCUGCUGUCAGCAGCUGAGAGAAACCGGACAGGUUGACAUCCUGGAGACCGUUAGUAAGCUUCGCCUUGACAGGGGGGGUAUGAUCCAGACAGUGGAGCAGUACCAGUUCCUGUAUGCCACUCUGGCCAAGUACAGCCACCAGCUGCAGCAAAACCAGGAGCAAAACCAGGUCCAGCCUGAUACCGUACAACAGACCCAUCAGAACCAGGUGGAUCACUGUUACACAGUUGAAAGUCCUGAUCCCACCCAAGAGUUAAUGUCUUCUUGGAACGACAAUCUCAAGAUUUACACCAGUGAUCCAAUAAAAUAAUGUUUCACCAAAAUAAAGGUUUUUGUCGAUAGUUAUUUAUACUGUACUUGUUUUAGCAGCAGACAGGAGGCUCUCUAAAGAAUUGCCCCGUGGCUGUUGCUGUGACCACUGAGCAUCACCGCUAGUUUCAUCAUUCUGGGACUUAAACCAGCAACAGUCCUACUCGAAGUAGUCGUCACUUGCUUCGCUCAUUACCAAGCAAAGCUGGCUGGUCCAUCGGACAAUAUCAGCAAAUGCUAAAGCUGUGGCCAUGAAGAAUAGGAAAUUUCUAUUUUCAAUUAAAUUAUGGAAAAACGUUACGACUUUUAAAAUGAAAUGGGCAACAUAGAACUCAAAUAGCGUUGUCACAGAUGAAGAGAAGGAAAAUCCUAUGAAAGACAGAGAAAAACAGACAGUCUGUUUUUUUUAAUCAAACAUAAGCAGUGUUUUUGUUUCUGUAGCUGACCUGAACUGUUCUGAUGUUGAAGUUAAACCUGCCCACUACAUGUCCAUGCAAUUUGUUGUGGUUAUAUCUACGGUUUUUCCUGCUUUAAUAGUCAAAAUGUUUGUUUGUUUUUUACUCAUUUAUAUAUCAGACUUUUGAUCCAAAAUGUUUAAAUGAUCUGAAGCCUGUUAAAUGUUUUAUACCAUUGUUAAAGUGCAAAUAAUUAUUAAUAAUUCUUGAACUAUUAUUACCACAUCCCAUAAUGCUGCCUAACUGAAUGGAUUGACAAUAAAGUUGCUUCUAAUCAA